AACAUCUAGUUUGGAUCUAGAGGUUGUUUCAUUGUCAUACAUUUCUAUGCAGCACCAUUUCUCACUUCAUGUUUCCCUUUACUUGUAGGCAUACAUUGAUCAAUCUUGAAGCACAAAAAUGGCUCUGUCUUCAAGUUUCAACCGCUCAAUAUAUUCAGAGGUUGAAGAGGUUGGAUGGGAACAUUUGGUAAGGUUGGGUGAAGACCUAACUUCUCUCAGCUUCCGCAUUUUAGAUAAAAAGGGACACAUGCAUACUAUGGAAAUAAGAUUGCCACCAAAUUAUCCCAAAUGUCCACCUUCAAUUUCGGCGGAUGUGCCUUACCUUUUUGAAUUGAAAUGGUCAACAAAAUCAAGGCUGAAAGAUGUUGUGCACCAGUUCCUUGAGGAAUUUUGGUCUACCUUGGAAAAUAUUGACAGAGUUCUCUGGGUUGUUGAUCCGAGACAACCAUCUCGUGCUACGUCAUAUCGUAAAAUCAACCUAGGGAAUGAUUGCUGCAUCGUGUUGUCUAUAAAUUCUUAUGACCCAAGGUCUUUACCAGAAUGUCGUUUUCUGGGUCCAGAUUCCAUAGUAGAUUCUAUGAGAAAGAAGUGGAGGAGCAAUGGAAAACGAUGGUAUGAAGGAGAAGGCACCAUUCUGCAAAACUUGCAAUAG